GGCGGAGGCGCGGGGACGGCCCCUUGGCUGCGCGUGUGGUCGGCGCGGCCGCGUGCAGAGUCGCUCUAGGUGUAAUGUAGUGUCAGGCUGAACAAAGCCCCAAGCCUCCCUGGAUCUGUGGGCGUCUGACAGCAGCCGUGAAGUAGGCAGAAGACCACAAUGCCAGGUAGCGGUGAUCAGAAACACAGACGGUACUAUGUGGGUGUUGACGUUGGCACAGGCAGCGUUCGUGCAGCCCUGGUGGACCAGAAUGGCAUCCUUCUGGCCUUUGCAGAUCAGCCCAUCCAGAAAUGGGAACCUCAGUUCAACCACCACGAGCAGUCCUCCGAGGACAUCUGGGCAGCGUGUUGCGUGGUCACCAAGAAAGUUGUACAAGGGAUUGAUUUAUCCCAGAUCCGAGGACUUGGGUUUGAUGCCACGUGUUCUCUGGUUGUCUUGGACAAGCAGUUUCAGCCAUUAUCUGUAAACCAGGAAGGGGAUUCCCGUCGCAACAUUAUCAUGUGGAUGGACCACCGAGCAGUCAGUCAGGUGAAUAGGAUCAAUGACACCAAGCAUGGGGUUCUGCAGUACGUGGGUGGCGUGAUGUCGGUGGAGAUGCAGGCUCCCAAGCUUCUGUGGCUCAAAGAGAACUUGAGAGAGAGUUGCUGGGAUAAGGCGGGACAUUUCUUUGAUCUCCCAGACUUCUUAACGUGGAAGGCAACAGGUGUCGUGGCACGGUCUCUCUGUUCCCUGGUGUGCAAAUGGACGUACUCAGCAGAGAAGGGCUGGGAUGACAGUUUCUGGAAGAUGAUUGGGCUGGAAGACUUAGUUGCCGAUAACUACAGAAAAAUAGGAAACCAAGUGCUGACUCCAGGAACUUCUCUUGGAAAUGGGCUCACAGCAGAAGCUGCAAGAGACCUUGGCCUUCCUGCUGGCCUUGCCGUGGCAACCUCCCUGAUAGACGCGCACGCAGGAGGACUAGGAGUGAUUGGAGCAGAUGUGAGAGGGCACGGCCUCCCUGGUGAGGGCCAGCCAAUGACGUCACGGCUGGCAGUCAUCUGUGGAACAUCUUCUUGUCACAUGGGGAUCAGCAAGGACCCGAUUUUUGUGCCAGGUGUCUGGGGCCCUUAUUACUCAGCCAUGGUUCCUGGCUUCUGGCUGAGUGAAGGUGGUCAGAGUGUUACUGGAAAGUUGAUAGACCAUAUGGUGCAGGGCCAUGCUGCCUUCCCUGAAUUACAAGCCAAGGCCGCUGCCAGAUGCCAGAACGUGUAUGCGUAUUUGAACAGUCACCUGGAUCUGAUUGAGAAGGCUCAGCCUGUGGGUUUCCUCACUGUUGAUUUACAUGUUUGGCCAGAUUUCCAUGGCAACCGGUCUCCCCUAGCAGAUCUGACACUAAAGGGCAUGGUCUCUGGACUGCAGCUGUCUCAGGACCUGGACGAUCUUGCUGUUCUUUACCUGGCCACAGUUCAAGCCAUUGCCUUUGGGACCCGCCUCAUUGUGGAAGCCAUGGAGACUGCAGGACAUUCCAUCCACACUCUCUUCCUGUGUGGAGGCCUGAGCAAGAAUCCCCUCUUUGUGCAAAUGCAUGCCGACAUUACUGGCCUGCCCGUGGUCCUGUCUCAAGAGGUGGAGUCUGUUCUGGUGGGUGCUGCUAUUCUGGGUGCCUCUGCCUCGGGGGAUUUCGCUUCGGUACAGGAGGCAAUGGCAAGUAUGAGCAAAGUUGGAAAAAUUGUGUUCCCCAGACUUGAGGACAAAAGGUAUUAUGACAAGAAAUACCAAGUGUUCCUGAAGCUGGUUGAACAUCAAAGGGAAUACGCAGCCAUUAUGAAAGGAAACUGAGAAGAAAGUCACAAGUGCCAUGACACCUGUCUUGAAGGUUCUGUGUCUUUGCUUUGGAAACUUCUGUCAGUUCAUCUUAGUUUCAAGUCCCUGUAGGUUUCAUUUAACUGUGUAUCAUUCUAUAUGAACUCUUAAUAAAGCCUCAGCAUAUGCA